UAAAAUCAAAAUCAACACCUGCGGUGACGCUUUUCCUCUCCUGCCUUCUCUGACGUCGCCAGCAACCGGCGCCGGAGUUUCGUUCCGGCGGCUCGUAUCCAUUUUCUGCCGAGGGUUUGUCAUUCCAGCCGCCGUCCGAUCAGUUUUCCGUCGGUCCUCGCUUUCUCUCUUCAUCUCUCUUACGUUACUCGCGAGAACAGUUAUAGCAAAUUGAUGAACAAGAAGAACCAUGGAUGGCCUUCAUGGAAGGGAUGCCCGAGUGCACAUGGCUGAAGCACAAGAUCCAAUGAAUGUGCAAUAUGAGCAUCAUGAUUUGCGCCACAUCAACAAUGAAAGUGAUAUGGUUGAUGAGCAUACUGGGAGGAUGAAUGAAGGAGUGGAAAUGGGCAUUCCUUCUCGCCCUGGAAAUUUAUCAGAUACCCGAGGUGACAUGGUGGACCAUGGUGGUGAAAAUGGAGAUCAGUUGACGUUGUCUUUUCAGGGCCAACUUUAUGUCUUCGACAGUGUCUCGGCUGAAAAGCUCCAAGCCACGCUUCGAUUGUUGGGAGGCCGUGAAAUACCACAGACUGCUUCCACAACCCUAGGAUCAUCAACAACACCUCAGAACAAUAGGUGUCUAUCUGGUACUCCUCAAAGGUCUAGUGUCCCGCAACGGCUAGCCUCCUUAGUCAGAUUUCGGGAGAAACGUAUAGGACGGAAUUUCGAUAAGAAAAUUCGGUACUCAGUCCGUAAGGAGGUUGCCUUGAGGAUGCAACGUAAUAAACGUCAGUUCACAUCUGCCAAGUCAAAUGAUGAUGAUUCUGCAUCAGCGGGUUCGAGCUUGGGGUCAAAUCACUCCUGGGGUGUAGAACGGUGUGGCUCUCAGACUCGAGAGAUUUCAUGCCGGCACUGUGGAACCAGUGAGAAGUCCACUCCAAUGAUGCGUCGAGGGCCUAAGGCUGAAGGGCCAAGAACACUUUGCAAUGCCUGUGGACUAAACUGGGCAAACAAGGGGACUCUCAGAGACUUAUCCAAAGCCACACAAAAUAUGGCAAAACCCCCGUGGCCGAUCGAAGGAACGAGAGUUGCCGAUUCUGGAGAUGGAACCUUUGGAUUCAAUCCGGGGGUAAGUAUGAAUACUGCACAGUGCGUCUAAAUGUGUUUGGCUCGAAGUCUUUGACCAAGUCAACGCAGGAGUGUAAGUUGCUUUGAUUAUGCUUUUAAUAAACCAAAUUUAAACUUAAGCAUAAUCAUUUGAUUCAGUCUUUAACCAAAGGCAUGCAUCCCAUCAAAGAUCACAUGUUCAGCAUUGCUUAGCUUGAGUUGCCCUAACCCAUACAAUGUAUGAUCUUGAUUUGGUACAGUGUUUUUUUAUUUAUUUAUUGGGAUGUGUUUUGUGUUCUACCAAAUCUUUUUUGAAGUUUUUUUCCAUAUAAAUUGGAUUUGUAUGAAAUUGUCUAGAAGAUGGAUUUUUAUGUAUAAUAAGAGAUAGAUACAUGUA